AUGACCACUCAACUACCAGAGGAGUCUGUGGAGACCCAGAGCUCAGAUGAGCUUGAGUGCAAGAUCUGUUACAACCGCUAUAACCUGCGACAGAGAAAACCAAAAAUGCUGGAGUGUUGUCACAGAGUAUGUGCCAAAUGCCUUUGCAAGAUUAUAGACUUUGGUGAUUCCCCACAAGGAGUCAUAGUGUGCCCAUUUUGCAGGUUUGAAACAUGCCUGCCAGAUGAUGAGGUUAGUAGUCUUCCUGAUGACAACAACAUCCUUCUGAAUUUAGCUUGUGGGGGAAAGGGAAAGAAGUGCCUACCAGACAAUCCAACAGAACUGUUGCUGACUCCCAAAAGGUUGGCAUCCCUGGUUAGCCCCUCUCACACCUCUUCCAAUUGCCUGGUUAUAACAAUCAUGGAAGUACAAAGAGAAAGUCCCCAGACUCUAAAUUCAACCCCUGUGGUGGAAUUUUACAGGCCUACAAGUUUUGACUCUGUUGCAACUGUGUCCCAUAACUGGACAGUGUGGAACUGCACAUCUUUGCUCUUCCAGACCUCGAUUCGGGUGCUAGUGUGGUUGCUAGGGUUGCUGUACUUUAGUUCCUUGCCUUUAGGGAUUUAUUUACUGGUAUCAAAGAAAGUCACCCUUGGGGUUGUCUUUGUAAGCCUUGUUCCUUCAAGCCUUGUUAUUCUCAUGAUUUACGGCUUUUGCCAGUGUGUUUGCCAUGAAGUUCUAGACUGCAUGUCAUCUUGAUAACAAAUACAGUAAAAUAAGAUGUAUUGCCAGAUGUGUAGCAUAGUUGAUUUAUCCUGUCUUUGUAUUCUUAUUUAUUCUUACUGUUGUCCAUCCCACUAAAUGGAAACAGUGGUCCUAGUUAUAUGGUCCUUUUUUUUUUUUACUGGAUUUGAUCCCCCCCACCCUGAGCUUUUUUUGAACUAAAAAUUGGAAAUUAAAUUUACAUGUUGAUUUUAAAAGGUCAGGUUUUAGGAAGGGAUAAAGAAAUAUUACCAAACUUGGUGCCUGCUGCAGCUGCCACUGUUCAAACGAGUAGCCCUUUGCUUUCUAUUGAAUUGAUCAAGUCAGUCCAGGCUGCAGGAUCCACCCUAGAAGAAAUUAAUAUAAUAAACACCUUCCAGGCCCAAGUACAACAUUUCUUCACCCAAAGCAUCUCAUGUUCUGGAAUAUCUGUUAUUUA